CAACCUCAUCACUCGUUUUUAAAUGUUUUAUCUGCAUAUUGAUGGAUGCUGUGUGUGAAGAUCAUUGCUCGGUGUAUGUUCUGGCUGGUGGUAGGCGCGACACUAGGCCUGGGUUUGGUUAAACGGGUUUUUUUUAGGCAAAAAUACGAAUAAAAUGCGAGGUAGCUCUCACUUGGGAUUCAUUGAUGGGUCAGCAAGUAGAGUCAUCUACCCUUCGACCAAUAUCUCAUGGUAUGUGUGGUUGCUACUUAUCAGCAAGUUCUUCCGCUGCAUUGGGGUGUUUGUGGCAUAUGAUGCAGUUCAGUCCAUCCACGUUGUCUACUUUCUCCUUCUGGUAACACUGCUAUGUUCCUUAGUGUAUGGCUUUGUUCAGCGGCCCCUCUCUGGAAGUAAAAAACUACAGCAAGUUGUGUGGAUAAAUAUUGGCAGACAUGCCUUUGUACAGACCUGCCUCAACCUUCUGUGGUUAUGUGGGUUGGCUCGUGUGGGAGCACUACGCGCACUCCUCCUCAGCGAGCAUGCUGAUAUUGUUGUCCUAGCCGUCUGGAGUGCUGUUCUUAAAGGUAUUGGUGGUCCAGGGAAGCUACGAGGCUCAUUAUGGUUUGUGCUUGGUGUUUUGUCUCUGGUUUUGUUUGACAAUGACUUAGCAAAGGCAACAGAACACCCAGAGGGACAACAACAUCAUGGUAUCAGUCAUUUACUCUAUUAUCUCUUAGCCUGGACUGGACUUUCAGAUCAUGAGGGUGGUAUUGUAGUGCUGCUGCUAACACUUUGUCUUCAAGCGUAUGUAAACAAUGGUGGACGUCGCCUGGCUGUUGAUGUUGGUGGGUCGAAGCGUCUACGUGCUCUCACAGCUAUUGUUUCUACAAUUUUCCUCUGUCCAUUUGCCUUCAUGAUUUGGCUGACUCAGGACACACCUAGCCCAGGGGCUCUGCAGUUUCUGCCACAGGCAUUUGCUGUCGCCUUGUUUGUCUUUGUUUUACAUUAUUACAUUGAUGCUGCUUGUAUUCAGAGGCUGGAUAUGGUUAGGACAGCAAGAAUUGGCACUCUAGCCACCUUCUUUGCUGGUUUUCUUUUGAGUGCUGUCUGGAAGUAUUCAGUGAAAAGCGAAGAAAACAAUACCGAUGUUGUCCAAGAAAAAUUUGACCAUGCCUUGUCUGGAGGAGUUGCAUUUAGUUUUAUUAUGUUAUCUGCAGCCACCCUUCAGUUGACAUCAAGCAAAGAACGGUGGCGAGGCCCAGGUGGUAUGAGUGCUCUUCCUCAUCAUGGGCUUCCUGGUGAAGCUCUGCAGCGCUCACAGCCUCUCAUCACAUUCUUCACCACAACUCUCAGACUCAUCCUCUCAAAUCGAAACAGCCGCACCAUCUUCUACUUUCUCUGUGUAAAUCUGUGUUUUACCUUUGUGGAAUUUGCCUAUGGAAUGUGGACGAAUAGCCUUGGCCUCAUAUCUGAUGGAUUUCACAUGUUGUUUGACUGUUCAGCUCUCGUCAUGGGUCUGGUCGCCUCGGUGAUGGCACGCUGGAAACCUACCAAAACAUUUCCUUUUGGAUAUGGGAGAAUUGAAGUAUUAUCUGGGUUCGUGAACGGGCUUUUUUUAAGUGUGAUUGGCUUUAUGGUUUUGUAUGAGGCUGUUGGACGGCUGUGGGAACCUCCUGAAGUGCACACCGAGAGGUUAUUAGCAGUCGCUGUCUGUGGAUUAAUAGUGAACCUUUUUGGCAUUGUGUCCUUUAGUCAUACUCACUCGCACGGACACACUCAUAGCAGCAGCCACAAUCAUUGUCAUGCUGGCAGUCAGGAUCAUCAAGCUGGCUCACACAAACACACCCACAAUGUGAAUGCAAACAUGCAAGGUGUGUUUCUGCACAUAUUGGCUGAUACUCUUGGAAGUGUAGCAGUUAUCAUCUCAUCUUUGCUCAUUGACUGGUAUGGAUGGCUUAUAGCAGAUCCAAUCUGCUCUCUUAUCUUGUCUGGUCUCAUCUUAGCAUCUGUUCUGCCUCUGCUAAAGGAGUCUGCCUCGGUACUUUUGCUGAGGGUGCCAGCGAGCAUUGAAGAAGCUGCCAAAGCAUGUAUAGAAAAGAUCCUGGACAUAGAACAUGUUGUAAGUUGUAAAGACCCACGGUUUUGGCAACAUUCUGGAGACAUGUAUGUAUCAACAAUAGUGGUGCAAUGCAGAAGUGACAUAUCUGAACAGCGAAUUAUUCAUAAUGUAACUGCAAUUCUUCAAGAAGCAGGCUUCACUCAGGUGACAGUAGAGGUGGAAGUGGUGCCAGGAACUGACCCUGUGGUUGAAUGUCCUCCAUCACAGUGGGGAUUGGGAACAGUAGUCAAAACUCAACCUAACCCCUAUCCUAGCUGUAUAAGAGCUGUUUAGACUAGACUAUAAUCCAGAUGCACUGUAUAAUUUAUUUUUGUUAGAGUGGCAGUAUUUUUCUAAUGGACAUUCGUUAUUUUGUUAUGUAAAUUAUUUUUACUCUUCAUGCUGAUAGAUUUUGCUCUAACUUCAUAAAAAAUUUAUCGGCCAUUUUCCAUUGCGACCCGGGACAAAAUGUUCACCGUCGUUCACUCUUCCCAGCCCAGUUUCGGAGUGCAGGCACUUUGUUCCCCAUCUUCCAAAACUGAAGUCUGACUAGCUGAUUUCUUACAGAUAUGCUCACACUCCAACAUCUGAUGUGAGGAAAAAUGUAUGUAACGAACAUCCAAAGAAUGGACAAAGGGUUCUUGACCCAAAGAAUUAAAGCUAUCCUCCUCUUCCUUGGAUGAAGCCUGAUUACUUUCCAUGUCCCAUGUGCUGUGUGACUUCCUAAGAAUUUAAUGCUUCCCAUAAAUAUAAUAACAGCAAUCGACUCUGAGAACGAUAGUGUUUAUGAAGAGUUCCAGAGAAACUUGCUAGUCUUUGAUGUUAAGGAGUUGAAAUCCAGCACUGUGAAAACUGGGUGAGAAUGCUGCUGUUUGGUGGGUUAUCGUUGGAUUGUGAUGUGUGACCCCUCUUAAAUGUGUCUUUUCCUUGGGAAAUGGUUAAUGAUUUAAAAACUGUGAUAGCUAUACCACAAUAUCAAGUAUUUUAUUAAAUAUCUUAAUAUUCCAAUAGUAUACAGAGAUGUAUUAGUUAUAUUUAUUUAUGUACUUUUUUAAUAUCAUCCAUGGAAUCUCCAAUCUGCUAUACAGUACUUCUUCUUUCAACGUACCAGCCGUAUCCCACUGAGGUGGGGUGGCCCAAAAGAAAAAACUAAAGUUUCUCCUUUUAAAUUUAGUAAUAUGUACAGGAGAAGGGGUUACUAGCCCCUUGCUCCCGGCAUUUUAGUCGCCUCUUACGACACGCAUGGCUUACAGAGGAAGAAUUCUGUUCCACUUCCCCAUGGAGAUAAGAGGCAAUAAACAAGAACAAGAAUUAGAAAGAAAAUAGAAGAAAACCCAGAGGUGUGUGUAUAUAUAUGCUUGUACAUGUAUGUGUAGUGUGACCUAAGUGUAAGUAGAAGUAGCAAGACUUACCUGUAAUCUUGCAUAUUUAUGAGACAGACAAAAGAUACCAGCAAUCCUACCAUCAUGUAAAACAAUUACAGGCUUUCGUUUUACACUCACUUGGCAGGACGGUAGUACCUCCCUGGGAGGUUGCUGUCUACCAACCUACUACCUACAGUACUAUAUAAAUAAAUAAAUUUCUGUUUUUGAAAGGUGCACAUUGUUACAAAGUUAGGUGACAUUUAUUUAAUACAUCAUGGAAAGACCCUAAUUAUGUAGAGCAUUUGGGGUGUUUAAAAUAAUAUUAUGGCUAACUUUUGUAAAUCUUUAUUAGAUCAGAUCAGACAAAUUCAGUUUCACAAAAAAUUAAUUAAAAUAGAAACUAAAUUUGAUGAACAAUUCAGUUGAUCUUGGUACAUUGUCAAGUAUUUAUUUUUAUUUGUGACUUAUAAAGUUUCAGGUCAGAUAAAUAAAAUUUUGACUUUUAAUACCAGAUAGUGUGGAUUUGUACUUAUAUCCAUUAUAGAUUUUUUUUUUUUUUACUUUAGUGUAUGUACUGUAAUAAAAAUAACACUAUUAUUAUACAUAACAUUAUAUACUGAAUAAUACAUAAAAUUCACUCAUAAAUGUAAAGAAAAUAAUAAGCAGACUAUCGACUACAAUCAGUGAUUCUUGCACAAACGUCCCUGAUAAUUACGCAGGUUCUUAUGGGGAAAAUCAUGCACCAGAUUUUUAGAUAUACCAAGUGAUCAUACUUUUUUUUUUUUUUUUUAUGGUUCCUUUGCUUCCCACAUUCUGUUCUGGGAUCUUGGUCACUCCAAAUUGGUACAUAUGGAGUGACCAAGGUCCUAGUGAUGGCAUCUUUUGUCUUUCUCCAUUACCCAGUGAUAUCAGAGUACCUUGAUAUCCUGAAUAACAAAUCCCUGGAUAGCCUGUGGUCUACUCCAUUGAUCAAUUGAUAUUCUUUUUAUCAGUAGGCCUUCCUUACAAGAAAUACAAAAUUUUCUCCCCUCCUCCUUACCUAUCAGUUAAACUCCCAAUACAUAUCAAAUACUGUCAGCAACUUAACAACAAUGAGAAAUUUUACGACUUUGACAUUUGAGUAAAUUUUUAAAAAUAUGUACAUAUGCCUAUGUGUGGAUCACUGAAUGGAAGACCUGUCUGUUUCGAUCAGUAGGUCUACUCCGCUAUUUCGAAUUCUUUUGCUUUAACAAGAUUAUUUAAUGUGGAAGUGUUACUCCUUAUGAUCUGUUUUAUUAAAAUUUAUGUAAUGUAAAUGCUUCCUUUUUUGGUUCCUUCAGUCAUUUACUAUUAGAAAUAUUGAAUCAUAAUACAAUAUGUAUAUAAAAAAUUAAGAAAUAAAGGUUAUUGUUCCCUUUAUCAAAAUAAUACAGCAUUGUAUUUUAUAUUGUAACUUUAUAAAGAGAUAAAG